UUGCAGUUUUGGUGCAGUGGCAGUGAGUACAGCGUCUCCUCUCCUUUCGGAAGAGACCAGUUCAGAAGAAAAAGAAGAAAUCCUAGCUUGGAAAAAAAGCGUUUUCGAUACCCAACGCGCAGUGUAGUUUGUAGAAUAGAGAGUUCAAGUCAGUGCUAAGUCAAGAUGUGCAAUCGGUCGUUGGUUCUGGAGCUGCUGCUGGUGGUCGGCCUGGCCUCGUCAGCGAUGGCCGCGUGCUCGUGGAGGGCCGCUGGAAGCAGCUGGUUCGGCGGGGAGAUUUGCGUCCUGCAGAAGGUGUACGACGACUGCCAGGAGAAGAGCGACUUCACCGAGUGCCUCAAGCAGAAAGCGCUGACGUCGCUGUCGAGGGCGAUUGACAUGAAUUCCAUCCAACUGGUCGAUGGAGUGACCCUGGUCAAGCAGAACGAGUCCGAGGACGAAAACGACACCGCCCAGAACGAAGCCGUCCCGGAGAGCCUCGCCGACGCUCGCGCUCUGGAAGGUCUCAGCGGAACCGACCGCGCCCUGAUCCAGAAGCUGGACAAGUUCCUGAAGACGCACACCGUCAAGCUGGACCUGUCGUCGCGCACCGAGGCCGGCCGUGGCUCCGGAGACAAGAAGAACGGCAGCCGGUACGUGAUCGCCGCCCUGCUGACCGCCCUCGGAAUCGCCGGACCGAUCGGUCUCAAGACGCUGGGAGCCAUCGCGUUCAAGGCGCUCGUCAUCUCCAAGGUCGCCCUCACCAUCUCCAGCAUCCUGGCCCUGAAGAAGAUCUUCAAGAGUGACCACCACGAGGAGACCACCUUCCAGGUGCACUCCGGUGACCACAACCGACGGGCCACCUACUUUGUGCGACCGGUUCGCGGCAUGAACAGCCCGUACCAGUACUACUACGACCAGCCCGCUGCCGCCGCCGCCGCUCCCAUGUACUAAGUGGAAGCCACCCACCACCCUCAAACCCAGGAAUCGAACCCAGAACGCCAAGAAAUCGGAAGCAAUCAACCACCCCCUCAACAGCCAAAGCCAAAUGAAACCAAAACUAUCCGACCAUGCGUGCGCUCCAGAGUGAAGAAUGAAAGAGAAUGACAGAUAAGAAAGAGAGCGCCAAAUGAAAGCUAGAGCAUGCAAACUAUUGGUCUAUUUCGCGACAGAAGGAAAUAGCACUGAACAGCGUGUGUUCUUCUAGGGAAAAUCAACAACAACAACACAAAUCAAGAAAUCAUAGACUGAUGCCGUGUAGUACUUGUGAGAGAGCAUCACAAGUGAUAGGGAGAGAGAGAAGAAAUAGCC